AUGACAUAAUAACUGAAGUUUAUAGGCCAUAGUGUUUUUUACCUAAAUAUACUUUGUUAUCUUAUAGUACAGAAAGUCAUUGAAAUCUUUAUAGUCACUCUCUGUUUACUUACAAUGAAUCAAACAUACAAUGGAAUACACUCGUCUUAUUUUUAAUUUCAUUGUGAAAAGAAUUCAGUGAAUCUCCUUAUAAUAAUAAAGAUGGCCACUAAAUUGAAGACCAUUGAAGAUGUAUUGGAGGCCGCAGGAGGCAAUGGCAGAUUUCAAGUCAUUUUUGUCCUACUUUUAACUUUGCCAAGAUUUCCAAUUAUGUGGACUAUGUUGGAGAUGUCUUUCGCUAACUUCGUUCCCCAAUGGUGCUGUGUUCCUGAAGCAAACACCCAUGACCCGCACGACUUCUGCUAUUCCAAGAACAGUAACUCAUCAAUGUUCUCCAAAACGUGCCAGAAUAGCACAUCUUUGUGUGUCCAGAAACUUUUUGCCACGGGCAUUAACUCCGUAGCAAAUGAAUGGGAGCUCGUCUGCGAGAGAAAGUGGAUGCUACCACUGACCACUUCAGUCCAGAUGGGCGGUGUACUAGCUGGGGCCUUCCUGGCUGGACUGUUGGUGGACCUUAUUGGUAGAAAAAAGACUUUCUAUAUGAGCAUUGUUCUUUGUGGUGUCUGUAACAUCAUCGCUGGCUUUUCCGUCAACUGGGAAAUGUUCACGGUGUUUCGGUUUUUCAUUGGCUUAGCUAUUGGUGGCUUUUUGACAGUCUUAAAUCCGUAUCUGAUGGAAUUUCUGACUCCUUCUGUGAGAGCAUUGCCUGGACUUAUACCGGCCUCCCAGCUUGGCCCAGCCCUGAUGGCCCUGACGGCUUGGAGAAUGCCAGACUGGCAAUGGGUUCACUGGAUAGGUGGGGUCAUAACGAUCCCUACAGCAUUGGGAUACUUUUUCAUCCCUGAAAGUAUGAGGUGGCUUGCGGUGAAGGGGAGGGUGGGUGAGGCGGAGGAAGUUGUCCAGCAAAUAGCCAAGUGGAACAGGAAACCUCCGCCGGUUGGUUCGUUAGAAGUCUUUAAGACUAUCGCCGCCAUGGAAGAGACAACUCGUACCCAGACAUAUACAUACAUUCAUCUUUACAAAGGCUGGAAUUUGUUGAAGAAAUCUUUCAUUCUGCAGCUUCUUUGGUGUAUUCUGUCUAUGAGCGCCUACGGAGUGUCGUUCUCCACAGCAGCUCUCAAGUUUAAUCUCUACGUCAACAUCUUCGUCAUGAACGUCAUCAGCAUUCCAUUUGCCGCGGUCCUGUCAUGCAUCCUCCACAAAUGGGGUAGGAAGAAACCCGCCAUUGUUUUGUUGUGUAUAUCAGCUGCUUGUGGCUUUGGCAACUUGAUUUCUUUUUCAACUGUCACUGACACCUAUACACGAGACAUUAUCAUCAACGCCUUGAGUAUGCUGUUCAGAGGCACGCAGACCACUGCCUGGAGCUGUAUUGGUAUCAUUACCAAUGAGACCUACCCUACAGUCAUGAGAGGUCUGGCUAGUGGAGCAGCAAAUGUAGCAGCCAGGAUCGGAGGAGUUAUCGCCCCUUUUGCUCUUAAUUUGGAAGAUCGGCCUGCUCUUGCCUUCUCUUUGAUGGGUGGACUAAUGGCAGUCUCUGUAGUCAUGGUAACGUUUCUAGAGGAGACUACCGGGAAGGCUAUGCAAGACGCCAAUGCCAAACUGGAUCUCGCAGACGCGGAGGAGCAGAAAGUUCAGCCAGACGCGUACACAGAAGAUGGCGGGAGUAACAAAUCUUCGACUUCUGCUGAGGAUGAUAAGCCGAUCAAAAUUCCGGUGACGGAUUUUAUUGGGGGCGACGAUAGUGGCUGGAAAGAUGUAGAUCUAAAACUAUCUGUAAGGAGUGAUCAAGAUGAGAAAGUCUCUUUUGGGAAAGACAAUUACGGGUUUGAGAGUUUUGAAAACUCUCGUCUCUGACAGUGCCAUGUUAUUCCAGAAGGGAACUGAUCCUUUAAUCCAGGGGUUCUCAACCUGUGGGUCGCGACCCUCUUGGGGGUCGAUUGAUGAUUUGCCAGGGGUCGCCGAAGACCAUCGAAAAUAUGGAUUGUUUUUGUCUAUUCUUCUAUUGCUCUCUGUGUGUGUGUGUGGGGGGGGGGGGGGUCCACGGAAGAAUAGGGGAUUGUAAAAAUGGGUCGCCUAGCUUAAAAGGUUGAGAACUGCUGCUUUAAUCACUUGGAAAUCGAUUUGACCUUUUACCUCAUAUGUUAUAGGCCUACAAGUCUAUGUCUAUGAUUUAAUAGUAUUCAAAAUAAAUUAAUUUAUAUCUGGCACAAAAAACAAUCUUGAGAACAUAAAAUAUCAAUAUUGACGUAUUAUACGAAGAAAAAAAAUGUUGAUAAAAAAAAAUGUUGAUAAAAAAAAUUUUGAUAAAAAAGUGUGUUCAAUAUAAAUUUAAACAAGGAAAUUGUACGCUAUUUAAAAAAGGAACCGCGAUUUUAUUAUUAUUUUUUUGCAGCAGCUUAUUUUGAAUACAUGUAAUCAAUCAGAGCAACUAUUUAAAAAAAUGUUUUUGUUUUUACACAGCUUAUAUCAAUUCACUUUGUCUAUUUGUACACGUUAUUUCUCGCACACCCACCCUGGGAUCAAGUUACAACUUUGCACAGAUAAGGGAGAUAAAUCCAGUUUGACUAGAAGUACUUCACACGGCACUACUACUAUAACCAUAACAAGAGAGAUAC